UUCCGAAGGCAGAGCGCCUGCCUCUACCGGGGCGCAGCGCAGCCCUGACGGCGCCGCCUGAGCAGCUACUGCGGCCAUGUGGACCUUCCUGGGCAUCGCCACGUUCACCUACCUCUACAAGAAGUGCGGCGACUUCGCGAGCCUGGCCGCCAGGGAGCUCCUGCUGGGCGCGCUCGUCUUCCUGUCUCUCGGCCUGCUGCUGUCCUACCGCUGCCGGCCCCGGAGCGGCUCCCAGGCCGCCUUCUUCUCCGACGUCCUCUCGGGUCUGCCGGUCAUCGGCUUCUUCUGGGCCAAGUCACCGCCUGGGUCCGAAAGGAGAAAGCAGCUGGAGUCCAGGAGGCAUAGAAAAGGAAUCCAUUUUUCCGAAACAACCUUAACAGGAGCAGCUACCUCCAUCUCCACGUUUUCUCUGAGUGACCCAGAAGUUAUCAUUGUGGGAUCUGGUGUACUUGGCUCUGCUCUGGCAGCAGUGCUUUCCAGAGAUGGAAGAAAGGUGACAGUAAUCGAGAGAGAUUUAAAAGAGCCUGACAGAAUAGUUGGAGAAUUUCUGCAGCCUGGCGGUUACUGUGUUCUUAAAGACCUCGGUCUUGGAGAUGCUGUGGAUGGUAUUGAUGCGCAGAGUUUGAAUGGCUAUGUACUGCACGAUCGGGAGAGCAAGUCAGAGGUGCACAUCACCUUCCCUCCGGCAGAAGAUGGCCAGGCACACAGUGGGAGAGCAUUCCACCAUGGAAGAUUCAUCAUGAAUCUCCGGAAAGCAGCUAUGGCAGAGCCCAAUGCAAAAUUUAUUGAAGGUGUUGUACUACAGUUACUGGAGGAAGAUGAUGCUGUGAUUGGAGUGAAGUACAAAGAUAAAGAGACUGGAGAUGUCAGGGAACUUCAUGCUCCAUUGACUGUUGUAGCAGAUGGGAUUUUCUCCAAGUUCAGGAAAAACCUGAUCUCCACAGAAGCUUCUGUUUCAUCUCAUUUUGUUGGCUUCCUUAUGAAGAAUGCACCACAGUUUAAACCCAAUUAUGCUGAACUUCUUUUACUUAAUCCAAGCCCAGUUCUCAUCUACCAGAUUUCAUCCAAUGAAACUCGAGUACUUGUUGACAUUCGUGGAGAAAGGCCAAGGAAUUUAAGAGAAUACAUGGCUGAACAAAUUUACCCACAAGUACCUGAUCACCUGAAAGAACUGUUCCUAGAAGCCUCUCAGAAUUCUCUUCUGAGGUCGAUGCCAGCAACCUUCCUUCCUUCUUCACCAGUAAAUAAACGAGGUGUUCUUCUUUUGGGGGAUGCAUACAACGUGAGGCACCCGCUCACCGGCGGCGGAAUGACUGUUGCUCUGAAAGAUGUGAAGCUGUGGAGAAAACUGCUGGCGGGCAUCCCUGACCUUUAUGAGGAUGUGGCUGUUUCACAGGCUAAAAAAUCAUUCUAUUGGUCCAGAAAAAAUUCUCAUUCUUUUGUUGUGAAUGUCCUUGCUCAGGCUCUUUAUGAAUUAUUUUCUGCUAGAGAUGAUUCCUUACAUCAGCUAAGAAGAGCCUGUUUUCUUUAUUUCAAACUUGGUGGACGGUGUGUUGCUGGUCCUGUUGGAUUGCUUUCUGUGUUGUCUCCAGACCCUCUGGUUUUAAUCGGACACUUCUUUGCUGUCGCAGCCUAUGCCAUUAUUUGGGACAAGUCUUGGGACAUCCAAAUAAAAUGGUGAUUCCUCACAGCUUUCUUGUGGGCUUCUUCGAAUAGCUGCAUGGUAAGGGAAGAAAAACAAAGUGAGAUGGAAAGUGCAGAGACCUGUCCGACUUUGGGAAGGGACCUUAUCCCAGUCCCUAACCCGUAGGGCAGUCUGUGAAGCUAUUUUCUGAAUGUUCUGAAAACAUCAGACCCUUGAAGGAACAGCAAAGAAAAAGUUUAUAAAUUCUUUUGUGUGACACCGAUAAGCAGGGCCAGCAUAAUCUCAAGAAACAGUUAACGAACAAAUGAGUACUUCCAAGAGAUGGCAUAAUACCUUAAAAUCAGAAUUUCAUUGAUGUUUUGUGGUACUCAGAUCGCAUGCAGUGCCUUCUCACUCACCUACAUCCCAGCCCUUUCUUGUGAUACAGGGGAUCGAAUCCAGGACUUUGUGCCCGCCAAGCAAGUGCUCUGCCUCAAGCUACAUCCCAGCCCUCAUCUCAGCCCUUUUACAAUUUUCAUUUGAGACAGGUUC